AUGUUUUCAAAUACAAAUUCACAAUUCCAAAAUCCUCCUGCAUCCUAAGCUUACAAUCAAACUGAUCCCAUAUUCAAUUAAUCCCCACUAGGCAAACCGGUGUAUCAACCUCAAUAACCCUUGCCAAUGGAGGCAGAAAUGAAACUCUACAGAGGAUAUACUCAAGAAUUCGAUUUAAAAGUUCCGACUCCUUAACCGAUCAAAUAGGCCUCAUCCUAAAUUGUUAUGUAGAAUUAACCUCAACAAUCAAAAGGAAGUUAGAAAUUGAUAGAUUGGAUUAUGUACUUUUUACCCAUCGCCUUCAUUAUCAUAACAUUGAUUAUUAUGUCAUGCAUGAUUGGAGCUAAGACAAAGCAUCUUAACCCAGAAGGAGCUCAUAAUACAUUAUCAACCUUAAAAGAAAACUUAUCGAAAAACCCAAUAGAAGAUAUAGUGGUAGGAGGCGAGGGAGCAUCCUCACAUAUGACAAUGUUCGAAUAUUAUAGUCAUAAAGAUGUUGGAUGUCCUGAUGGAUAUGAAGCAGCAGACAUUGGAAAAUGGGAUGGAGUUAAGUCUGGUUGUUUAUGUGAAAAUGGAGAGACAAGCCAUUCCGCCACUUGUUUUUAUAAAUCAACAUGCAAGAGAGUGAAAUCCCAUGAUGCUGUGGAUCUUUAGAUUUGGCAAUCAAAGAGUUUUUGCAUAAAAACUUAUGAUGGAUGGCAACCUCUAAAUGGAGUUGAUUGCGAUGAUGGCUAUAAGAAAUGUGGGAAUCUUUGUGUGCCUGUCUCUAGAAAGUGUCCCUUGUCUAGUUUAGUGAAAGACAAUAGUAGGUUUAAUGAUGAGCAUUCAAUAAAGAUAGGCAAUGAUAAUUUCAUUAAAAAGUUUGAGGAUUCUGAAUCAGUUGUGGAUAUGUAAUUAGUUCCUGGUUUGGGCUAAAGUGAAUCUUCACCUUGCUAUAACAAUGAGUUAAAUCCAAGCUUUUAAUCCCAGAAAUAUUAUCCAUUUGCUAAAAGAGCAGAAAAAGGAUGUGAUCAGUACUUGGAUCUCCAGAAUCACAGAGUUACUUUGAAUACUUUCGAAACUCACAAGGUUUAUGAGCAGAAUGACUUAAAUGAUCUUUUGCAUGAAUUGCCAUUUUAUCAAAGUUAUCUGAGUAAUGAAGAUACAUAUGCGUUCGAAAUUAUUAAAAGAAUUAGAAUAAACCCUAUUAAGGAAUGUCAAUAACUGAAACCGAAUUAAGUUGAAAAGAUUUCAUCCAGUAGCAAGAGUAUAUACACUGCUGAGAAAUACCUUUCUUUUAUUAUAUUGUUAUUGGCAGCAAUCACUUUAUUUUUGGUGCCAAUUCUUUAUUUAAUCAGGAAUAGAGUGUUUUAAUGGAAAGACAUGACAGAAUUCUCAUAACCAAGAUUCUUCUGUGUUCUAGCUUUUAUCAUUGCUGCACUCUGCAUAAUCCUGGGAUCAUUCUAUAUUUAUCAUGUUGAUGGAAAUAAUGGAUUGAAAGAGCAUAACCGUAUGUUCUCGUAGUACUUAGAAAAGAAUUGCUUCUCAGAUUAAGGAUUGAUCUUAGCUGUUGAUUAAGUUAACACUUUUGCAAAGAAUGUGUACCACUCUACGUAUAGUUAUGUGAUAUUUACAUUUUAUGGAAGUGUUGGUUUCUUGGUGAUCCUGAUUUUACUCCUGAUUUACUAAUUUUUUGAACAUAAGAGUAUUUUUGAGAAUCCAUGGUAAUACAGAAUCCAAAAGUAAUAUUAUGAAUUCCAUUGA